AUGAGUGAGACAGUGAUGAUUAGCGCGAGUGAAGCACAGCUCGAGGCGAUCCGGAAGGAGGUGGCGCAGUCCCCGUUGCUGUCGCUCUCAUUGCCGCUCGACAAGGGGUCAAAGAUUGUGAAGGAAAUGGAGCACGAUGAGGCCUAUCUCGCCCAAACACUGUCGCUCUUUGGGGCCUCAGCGGUCUCUACGAAGCAGUACGACUUCAAUAGCAUACGCUACUCACGCCGCGAUGGCAACUGCUUCUACCGCUGCGCCGGCUUCCGCCUGUGCGAGCUGAUCGUCGAGCGCCCAGAAAGGGCAGCCGAAUAUGUGUCGCUGCUGAAAUCUCGAGAAAAGAGCCUCUCCAGGUUGUUCGGUUCCUUCGUGUUCGAUUUCACCGAUGCUUUGGCGGAGAUCUUCAACGGCGUGGCGGACAAGACGAUCAAAGAUGUUGCGCAAAUCUAUGAGCUCUUUACCUCCAGCGAUGGCGCGUACGUUGUGGCGGCGCUACGCUACUUGAGCUCCGCUUAUCUGCAGGAGCACGAGGCGGAGUACGAGCCGUUUGUCGAGGGGUUGGGCUACGGCACGGUGCGCGACUACUGCAACGCCGAGGUGGAGCUGGUGGAUCACGAGAGCGACAAUGUUCAGCUGGCUGUGUUUGCAAAGGCAUUCAACGUUUGCAUCAAGGUCUACGCACUGGACCGAAAUGCAGGCAACAACGUCACCGAGCACACCUUCAACGACGAGGCGAAGAGCGAUGGAGACCAACUUGUGGUGGAGCUGCUUUAUAUGCCCGGCCACUACAACCUUCUCAGGCGGUGA